AUGCACAACCUCUCUGCUCAGCCCUGGCAGGCGAAGAUGGCCAACCUGACCUAUGACAACUUCACCCUGGGCAACCGCUCCGAGGUGGCCAUCCAGCCUCCCACCAACUACAAGACGGUGGAGCUGGUUUUCAUCGCCACCCGGUUUUUCACCGCCACCGUCACCGGCUCGCUCAGCCUCGUCACCGUGGUGGGGAACAUCCUGGUGAUGCUGUCCAUCAAGGUGAACCGCCAGCUCCAGACUGUCAACAACUACUUCCUCUUCAGCCUGGCCUGCGCGGACCUCAUCAUCGGGGUCUUCUCCAUGAACCUCUACACGGUCUACAUCAUCAAAGGCUACUGGCCGCUGGGGGCCGUGGUGUGCGACCUGUGGCUGGCCCUGGACUAUGUGGUGAGCAAUGCCUCUGUCAUGAACUUACUUAUCAUCAGCUUUGACCGAUACUUCUGUGUCACCAAGCCCCUGACGUACCCAGCCAGGAGGACCACCAAGAUGGCGGGGCUAAUGAUCGCGGCUGCGUGGAUAUUGUCCUUCAUUCUCUGGGCCCCUGCCAUCUUGUUCUGGCAGUUCAUUGUGGGCAAGAGGACAGUCCCUGAGAGGGAAUGCUACAUCCAGUUCCUCUCCAACCCGGCCGUGACCUUUGGCACGGCCAUCGCUGCUUUCUACCUGCCCGUGGUCAUCAUGACGGUGCUGUACAUCCACAUCUCCCUGGCCAGCAGGAGCAGGGUGAGAAGGCACAAGCCUGAAAGCAGGAAAGAGAGGAAAGGCAAGUCCCUCAGCUUCUUCAAGGGCCCCCUGAUCAAACAGAACAACAACAACUCCCCCAAGAGGGCUGUGGAGGUGAAGGAGGAGGUGAGGAAUGGGAAAGUGGAUGACCAGCCCUCAGCACAGACUGAGGCCACUGGCCAACAGGAGGAGAAGGAGACUUCCAAUGAGUCCAGCACGGUCAGCAUGACCCAGACCACAAAAGACAAGCCCACAGCAGAAAUCUUGCCAGCGGGGCAAGGACAGAGCCCGUCCCACCCCCGGGUGAACCCGUCUUCCAAGUGGUCCAAGAUUAAAAUCGUCACCAAGCAGACUGGAACCGAAUGUGUCACUGCCAUCGAGAUCGUCCCAGCUAAGACAGGAGCCUCUGACCACAACUCCCUGGCCAACAGCCGCCCGGCCAAUGUUGCCAGGAAGUUUGCCAGCAUCGCCAGGAGCCAAGUACGGAAGAAGCGUCAGAUGGCAGCUCGGGAGAAGAAAGUCACCCGGACCAUAUUUGCUAUCCUGCUAGCCUUCAUACUCACAUGGACUCCAUACAACGUGAUGGUCCUCAUUAACACCUUCUGUGAGACCUGCGUACCCGAAACAGUGUGGUCCAUCGGCUACUGGCUCUGCUAUGUCAACAGCACCAUCAACCCAGCCUGCUACGCCCUCUGCAAUGCCACUUUCAAGAAAACCUUCAAGCACCUUCUCAUGUGCCAGUACAGGAACAUUGGCACAGCCAGAUAA